AUGGGAACACUGAGCCUCGUUUUUACGUGUGCCAUCACAUUAUUCCUCUGCGUCUGGACCACGGUUCAAGUGAACAUCGAGCCACCGGAGAACGAGUUCAACCCGACCUUAGCGCGUUUUAUCCCAAUAAAGGCGUUGAAGCAUAACGAGACGCUGCUGAAGUUCUUGGCAAAGAGAUCGAUCCGCAAGUUGGGUUGGAGUUUCGUCACCCUGAUCAUGCCCGAGGGCGUCAUGGCCAUCGCGGCAUACGAGAGAAAGACCGCUAGUAUUCUCCGCAAAGAAGUUAACAAAGUCAUCCCCAAGGAGAGCGAUCAGUGGGAUAUGUUCCUAGCCUACUAUGCAAUCAUGGGAGGUUUCGUCAUUCCGAAACACGAUUAUGACUCUGUCAGCUCUCAGCUCAACAGUCAAAUCGAAGGCGAAAUGAAGCUGCACCCAAGGCAAGACCAGGAGCUUACGGUAGAUCCAAAAUUGACAACGCCUGAAUUACUCCCGGCACUGGCCUCCAAGCAGGGUUUCGACACCAUCGAUCCUGUCAACAGCGACAAAGAAAAGGCAAUUAGCAACGACGGUGGAGGGGACUAUGACUUACAGAACCGUCUGCUGACGCUGACUCCAUACGGCGUCCUUCAGUUGGUCAAAUGGCAAUCGGGGCAGUCCGGAAAGCAAACAGCCAGACUGAUUACUAUAACAUCCAGUCAGGUCCAGGACAAGAGCAACGCGAGCUCCUUGACCAAGUUGAUCGUGGCCUGGCAAGCGUUGUGGAUGAUUGUCCAGGUAAUUGGACGGAGAGCCGAGACUCCGGAUAUACCUAUCACACUGCUCGAGUUGCACACCUGCCUUCACGCAUUUUGCGCAUUCGCCAUGUAUCUUACAUGGUGGAACAAACCAGUGGAUAUCGAUCUACCGACAACAGUUCACCUCACCCCCCGAGCAGAUUGUCUUCCUUAG